AUGCGGGACCUGUCGACUGGGGGGCCUGAGGGCCUGUGGCUCAUGCUGGAGGAGGCCGUCAACGAAAUCAACAAGCGACACGGCGCCCUGGCGUAUGCGGAGGCGUCGGCGGAGUUCUUCAGGUCUCAGGCCUCAGCCAUCGACGCGUUCAAGCGGCUGGCAGCUGAGGAGGCGGCGCGCGCGGGCGCUGAGGAGGCGGAUCACGUAGUGGUGCGGCGCCCUGACCGCUGCGACCUGGUGUGGGAGAAGCCCGCGCCCUCGCACAACCCGCUGCGGUCGCUGUUCGGGGGGAACCACGAGCAGGGCCCCCAGGAGAUGGUGGUGGUGACGCUGGUGGUCACCGCGCGCGGCGUGCUGGACGUGCCGCCCGUGACCAACUGGCCCACGCUGCGCAAGGCGCUGCAGCAGGUGUGCGGCGUGUCCCGCAGCUCCAUCAUGGCCAUAGAGCUGCUGUGGGCGCCAAACAACCCCCAAGACUUCCUCUCGGCCGACGACGUCCGCGCGGAUUACCCAGACCUCGUGGACCUCUCGACGGGCCGCCGCGUGGGCGGGGAGCCCUCCUCCGAGGCGCCAUCAGGCACGGGCCAGGCUGCGCCGGCCGGCGCGGCGCCGUGA